UUAUUGGCCAACUGACACUGACACUGACGUUAUUUAUAAAGAAGUUGUGAAUAUAGUAGCUGUGGAGGGAGAAAUUUCCAAUGACAACCAAUUAUCAUUGAGUCAACAAACACAUCAAAUUAUGUGA